AUGAAGUUGGCUGUCAUUCUCGUAUCCUCACUAGUGAUUACAGACUCUCAGUCGCUACCUAUCCAACAAGAUUCCAGCAGUUUGGAAUCCAGCACUCGCUCAUCCAUGCAAAACUCUACACCAAUACUUGAUAAACGUAAAGUAAGCAUCGAAAACAGUCAUGAUUCGACUCAAGUCAAUAUCAUGCCUCGAGGCUUUCCCAUGGCACAAUUUAUGAUUGGUAGUGUAACUAGUGCUGUUGUUUCCACCGCUAUAUAUACACAAGAUUCUAAAAGAAAGGAAAACCGUAAAAACAAGAAGAAAAAGGAAUCUGACGAGAAGGAAGCUAAGGAGAAGGAAUCUAAAGAGAAAGGCAAAGAAUAG